UGUUUGUUUUGUUAUUUAUUUUAAUUAUUUAAUUAGUUUGAUAGGAGUAUUUCUGAGUAUUGUUUUGUAUUGUAUGUUGUAUUGUUUUUUAUUGCAGUUUGGAGGAGGAUGUUCAUGGUUCACAUGAUAGGUGAAAGAGGAGGCCGCUCCAGAUCCAGGAGAGCUGCUUUCUCUCAGACGGCUGGUCAGGAGAUUUGGAGACCCGGUUCUGAUGACCGUGAUCAGGAUCCGCUGCCAGACCCGACACAGAUCCAGGAGCUUCCUGGAGAUUUAACACCUCUGUCUUCUGAGUUUUCUGUUUCUGUGUCCACAGGUCAGGCUCACAGGAAGAAAGCGUGGCAGAGCGGCAGCCAGCAGAGGCCAGAUGAUGGACGUCCGUCCACUUCAUCUAAACGCUCUCGCAGAGAGUUGAAAAAAAGUAAAUUGUGUUUUCAUUUGUUUUUCUUCAUUUCUGAAAAACCUACAGAAUGUAGGAAGAGGAAAGGAGCUGGUUCUUUGCUCAACAGGGUAUGGAAGGCUACGAAGAGUUAUUUCCACUGCUGUUGCCACAGUUGUGCUGUGGAUGUUGUGGAGCCUUUUGUCCCUCCACCAGAUCUGGAGCCAAAGCCUGAUCCUGAGCCUUCAUCCCCUGCACCAGAUCCCUCCGGCGUCAAGCCGAAUAAUGGUCGCUCCAGAUCCUUGAGAACUGCUUCCACAGAUUCUUCACCGGGAAUCACGUCACCAUCAUCUUUGUCCCUCUCUAAGGACAAUGUAGAGAGGAGGUUCUGUGGAGAGUGGUUAAGCCUUAGCAGCAGAGGCUCGUACAUCGUUGAAUGGAGGUGGAGUGGUGAUAUUUCGGAUAGCCGAAACGAACAGAGCGGUUGCAGCAACUGCUGUUUGUCCAGGUCCGAAAGCCUCGAAGGGUUUCUGUGCCCUCCACUGCCAGGUCAAGUUCCUGUCGAGCCAACAGAGACAGAGACAAAUGGCCGAACUGCUCAGGGUGCCAUGGAGGAUUCUCCAGUGAACAAGAGCUCAACAGAGUCCUUUGAGUCUCUCUAUAACAUGGGAAAGAUUAUUGGAUCCGGAGGAUUUGGCAGGGUGUACAAUGCAACACGCAAAUUUGAUGGCAAAAAGGUUGCCAUCAAGCGGAUGCGUAAGAUUGACAAUGAUCGUUGUCUUAAUAUUCCUGGGCAUCCUGAACCUCUCGUUACUGAAGUGGCGCUGCUGCUAAUGAUGAGGCGAGAACCCAUAAGCCCCUUCGUCAUACAACUGUAUGACUGGUUUGAACAUCCUAAAACAUUCACUCUGGUUAUGGAGUACCCGGAACCCUGCGAGAGCUUGCUGGACUUCAUCACUCUUCAUCCUCGACUGUAUGAACCAGCAGCACGGGUCAUCAUGCAACAGGCUGUGCUGGCAGUGCAACACUGCAUCGAGCAUGGUGUUUUCCAUAAUGACAUUCAUGCAGAGAAUUUCCUGUUGAAGAAACACUCGUUUGACCUCAAGCUGAUAGACUUUGGAUGCGGUCAGCUAUUUAGUAGUGAUGGCUACGAGAGCAACAUAUACAUUGGAAUACAGGACCACUGCCCACCUGAAGUCUUGACAGAACCUCGAUUCCACGCCGUCCCAGCAAAUGUCUGGGCUCUAGGAGUGUUGCUGUACAAGAUGUCGAACGCAUGUCGUCCUUUUUGUAAUAGAACGGAAAUCACACAAGCCAAAGUUACAUUUCAGAACUCCAAUUUAUCCAAAGAGUGCAGGGAUCUGAUUAGCCAGUGCCUAGCCCGGGAUCCAACUAAACGCCCGACGUUAGAGCAGAUGUUACAAAAUAAAUGGAUUAGAAACGCGAGCGUUAUUCCAAAUGCCUCGCUCUUCAUGCACCACAUGCGGCUCUUCUGCACGAGGCCGACGGACAUGCUAAGUGCAUCGCGUGCCUGGGAGCCUCCCAUUGCUGCUUCUGAGGAGGAUUGGUCGGGCUCAGUUGACCUUGCCAUCGCUUCUCAGUCGGGCGUGAGCGCCGCAGCUAUUGGAACUAACUCUGACGCGGAGAGGCUCGAGUGGGCGUCGCCCGAGGAGCCUCCUUUCCGCAACGCUCUCCUCUGUAGACGUCGCAGCGGAGAAGGACUAUGA